AUGGCGGGCCAGGUCCUCCAGGCCAACCUUAACCGCGCCCGCCGGGCUCAGGAUCUUUUCCUCCAGAGCCUGGCGGAGCGCGGUUACGCGUUGGGCAUCGCGGCGGAGCCCUUCAGGCCCCCCGCGGACGGCCCCAGUUGGGCCGUCGGCGGGGGGGGCCUCGUCGCGAUCGUGCGCGGCGACGCCGCGGGCUCCCCUCCCCUCCGAGUGUUGGAGGUCGGGGGGGAGUUCGUGGCGGCGCAGUGGGGAGGCAUCACCGUGGUCGGGGUCUACGUGUCCCCGAGCCUGAGUCUCGCCGAGUACGAGGGGUUCCUGGACAGGCUGGGGGGGUGCAUAGUUCGGCACCCCCGCGGCCUGUUGUUGGUCGCCGGGGACUUCAAUGCGAAGUCCGCGCUCUGGGGUUCCCGGCGGCCGGACGCGAAGGGCGCGGUGCUGGCGGACUGGGCGGCGGGUCUGGGCCUGCAUUUGUUGAACGUGGGCUCGGACAGCACCUGCGUGCGGUGGGCGGGGGAGUCCGUGGUCGAUCUGACCUGGGCAUCUCCGGCCCUCGCGCGUCGGGUGUCGGGGUGGAGGGUGUUGUCGGGGGUGGAGACGCUGUCGGACCAUAGAUACGUGUCUAUGGUGGUGUCUCCGCCCUCGGGCUCCGCCCCCCGCCAACGGGGGACGGGCGGACCCCGACCGCGGAGAUGGGCGCUCAAGGGGCUGUCUGGUGACAGACUGGUCGCCGCCCUGCUCGCGUCCACGUGGCCGGAGAGGCCGGAGGGCACGGUGGAGGAGGAGGCCGGCUGGCUCGGGGACAUCGUGACGCAGGCGUGCGACUUUGCGAUGCCCCGGGCCGGCCGGCCUCGGCGACGGCCCACCUACUGGUGGAGCGCGGGAUUGGCGGAGCUGCGGCGCGCAUCGGGGCGCGCCUGGCGCCGCUUCUCCCGCGCCCGUCGCCGGGGGACGGCGGCGGAGGUGGACGCGCGCUACGGGGAGCUCCAGGAGAGACGGAGCUCCCUGAGGGCGGCGAUCAGGGACGCCAAGGCGAGGGCCUGGGAGGAGCUCCUCCGGUCCGUGGAGGGCGAUCCCUGGGGGCGUCCGUACCGGCUCGUGAUGGGCAAGUUGCGGCAAUGGACGCCCCCGGAGACGGAGGAGAUGGAUCCCCUGGAGCUGCGCGGGGUCCUGGACACCCUCUUCCCGGCGGGAGGCGGGUGCCCGGGACCCCGGAGUGGAUGA